AUGACUUCCGACGGAUCCAGCGACCCGCUCAAGUUCAGGCAACAAGACUACAAGACUCUGCUGGACACAAGCCUCGCGUCCGGGGAGCUCUUCUGUGACCCCGUCUUUCCAGCUGAGCAAAAGUCCAUCGGGAUGCCAGAAGACUCCGACCCCCAAAUGGAGAUCAAGUGGUUAAGGCCAAAGGAUAUCACAAAGGCUGCAGUAUUUGUGGAUAGCACUAUUGGGACCACUGACAUCUGUCAGGGCCAACUUGGGAACUGCUGGUUACUGGCUGCUCUGUCCUGUCUGACGAUGCACCCCAAGCUCUUCGUCAAAGUUGUGCCACCAAACCAGAGUCUAUCAGAGCCAUAUGCAGGCAUAUUUCAUUUUAAGUUCUGGCAGUAUGGUGAGUGGGUGGAAGUGGUGGUGGAUGACCGACUGCCAGUGCGCCAGGGCCGUCUGCUCUUCAGCUACUCUCACACUCGAAAUGAGUUCUGGAGCGCCCUGGUGGAAAAGGCCUAUGCCAAGCUCAUGGGGUCAUAUGGGUGUCUCAAGGGAGGCAACAUUUCAGAAGGAAUGGAGGAUUUCACUGGUGGAAUUGCAUACUCUCGUCCUGUCUUAUCCCGUACACCUCUAGUGUUUUGGAGGCUACUGACAAGUGCUUUGUCCCGAGGCUGUCUACUGAGCUGCUUCAUUGAGGCGAAACACUACACGGAAGUGGGAGUGGUGACAAAAGAGGGGCUGAUAAAGGGUCACGCUUAUGCUAUAACAGACGCGGACAAGGUGCAGAGAGGCUCUGAUGCGGUGUUGCUGUAUAAGUUGAGAAAUCCCUGGGGUUUUGUUGAAUAUAAGGGGCCGUGGAGUGAUAAGAGCAAAGAGUGGGACAAUGUGGAAGAAGCUGAGAAGAAGAAGCUGGAACUCAAAAGAACUGAAGAUGGAGAGUUUUGGAUAAGUGCUGAGGAUUUCAGUCACUUCUUUAACAUAGUGGAGCUGUGUAGUGUCAACCCGGAUAUGCUCGAGGGCCACUCAGCUCCUGAAUUAGCAUGGACCAUCACUGAACAUGAAGGGUUUUGGGUGUCGGGGAGCUCAGCCGGAGGAAGCCGUCGAUACAGACGCUCUUUCUGGACGAACCCUCAGUAUGAAUUAAUCCUCUCUGAAAAGGACCUCGACGAUGACAUGGAUGAGGAUAAUGAGGAGGAUGAAGAGGGUGAGGAAGAUGAAGAGGAGGAGACUGUUGUAAAAGAAAAUAAGAUGAGUGACAAACAGGAGAAGAAGGCCAAACAGUGCACAGUGGUGCUGGAGCUGCUGCAGAAGGACCGCAGGCAGAAGAACAAAGUCAACUUCCUUUACAUUGCAUUUCACAUCUACAAGGUUCCCAUUGAGCUUCAGGGUAAGUGCCUGGACAGCUCCUUCUUCUCCAAGACUCGUCCUGUUGCCCGAUCUGGUAAAUACAGAGCACAAAGGGGUGUGUGGAGAAAGGUGCACUUGGACCCUGGAUACUAUGUCAUUGUGGCCUCCACUUACAGACCAAAUCAACCAGGAGAGUUCUUCAUUCGUAUCUUCUCCAAAACUGGGAACACACUGGGGAAUCAGGAUUUUACUUGCUCUUCAGAUUUUCUUCAAGUUAUGGCGCUUCCUGCUACUCCAGAGGAUCACGCUCGUGUUGAAAAGAUAUUUGAUGAGACAGAAGCUGGUAAUGAUAAACUAAAUUCCAAGGAGCUGAGAAAGCUAUUUAACUCAGUUCUCAACCAAGACUAUCAUCUGCCCAUGGAAACAUGCAGACAGCUCAUAUUUGCAGAAGAUACCAAAGGUUAUGGAAGCCUAAAUCGUAAACAAGUAGAGCAUGUGCUGACCAGUCUGCGCACUCUUCAGGAGGCCUUUCUCAAAUUUGAUGAGGACAAUUCCGGGACUAUGAGCCCCUUUGAACUCCGAAAUGCUCUGACAGCAGUUGGUAUGCAGUGUGAUGCCAAAGUGGUGCAGCUCCUGUGUGCACGAUUUGCCUCUGGAGAGCCGCAGAUGCCCUUCCAUGGCUUUGUGACCAGUGUGACUAGACUGAACAGGCUUUUUGCUUUGUAUGAAUCAGAGACCAGCCAUGGAGUAAAAAAAAGAGGCAUAAACGCUUGGCUGCUCAAGUUUUGUGCCAUCUGA